UAGAACACACAUGCGCGGAGGAAAAUGCGUGGUCCUCUCGGCAAUAAUUAAAUUUAAACAAUACAUUUACCAGGCAGUCUUUCUGAAAGUGAGCAGGGACAUAGUGCUCUUGAGUAUAACAGUUGAAGGAGACCUCUCUUCUAGGGCCUACUCAAGAGUUACGGCCAUGAACACUGGACCAGCUUACCCUCUGGCCUCCUUGUACGUGGGGGACCUCCAUCCUGAUGUCACCGAGGCCAUGCUCUAUCAGAAGUUUUCACCUGCUGGGCCAAUCAUGUCCAUCCGUGUGUGUCGUGAUGUCAUUACUCGCAGGUCUUUGGGAUAUGCUUACAUCAACUUUCAGCAGCCAGCCGAUGCGGAGUGUGCCUUGGACACAAUGAACUAUGAGGUUCUGAAGGGGCGUCCAAUGAGGAUCAUGUGGUCUCAGCGUGAUCCAGGCCUGAGGAAGUCCGGUGUCGGCAAUAUCUUCAUCAAGAACAUGGAUGAGUCGAUUGACAACAAGGCACUGUAUGACACCUUCUCCACAUUCGGAAAUAUUCUGUCCUGCAAGGUCGUUUGCGAUGAACAUGGCUCCAAAGGCUAUGGCUUUGUGCACUUUGAGACGCAAGAGGCUGCAAACCGUGCCAUUGAGACCAUGAAUGGCAUGCUGCUGAACGAUCGAAAAGUACAAAAGGCAGGGAAAGAAAUGGAGUCAGGUGCAAAGCGAAAGCUCCCGUCCAUUUGGAAAAAUUGUCGGAUAUCGCCUUUUAGUUUCGUGGGCCAUUUUAAAUCCCGCAAAGAGCGAGAGGCAGAGUGCGGCGCCAAGGCCAUGGUCUUCACCAACGUUUACAUCAAGAACUUUGGUGAACAGUAUGAUGAUGAGCAGCUUAAGAAUAUCUUUUCAGAGUUUGGAAGGACGCUGAGUGUUCGGGUGAUGCGUGAUGAGCGGGGUCACUCCCGUGGCUUCGGCUUUGUGAAUUAUGAGAAUCACGAGGACGCUCAGAAGGCCGUGGAGGCUAUGAAUGGGAAGGAGCUGAAUGGCAAGGUCCUGUAUGUGGGGCGCGCUCAGAAGAGGCUGGAGCGACAGGGGGAGCUCAAGCGCAAGUUUGAGCAGAUCAAGAUGGACCGCAUCCAGCGCUACCAGGACAGUGGAGGAGAGACAGGAAAUGAGUGUGGAAAGAGAGACAGGGAAGGAUCGGCAAAAGACCCGGGCCGGACUCGUACCCAGGGAGUUAAUCUCUACGUGAAGAACCUGGAUGACACCAUCAAUGAUGAGAAGCUAAGGAAGGAGUUUGCUCCCUAUGGCACCAUCACCAGCGCUAAGGUGAUGACUGACACGGGCCACAGCAAGGGCUUUGGCUUUGUGUGCUUCACCUCUCCCGAGGAGGCCACGCGCGCUGUGACCGAGAUGAACGGGCGCAUCAUCAGCACCAAGCCGCUGUACGUGGCACUCGCCCAGCGCAAGGAGGAGCGUAAGGCCAUCCUCACCAACCAGUACAUGCAGCGGCUGGCCACCGUGCGCACCAUGCCCGGCACCCUGGUCUCCAACUACCAGCAGCCACCCUUCUACCUGCCCACCAUGACACAGCCCGCAGGCCGUGGUUCCUACAGUGGUGGCUCCGGUGUUCGCUUUGGCCCAAGAUGGAGCAGCCAGGGUCCAAGACCACAGCCCAUGUACUCGGCUCAGUACAUGCCGGCCCGCAGGAUGCCCGGCCCCAUCAGCGGUGUCCAGCAGGCCACCACCCAGGUCCCACGCGAGGCCAAACACACCAUGCUCAGGAUGGGUAUGUGCUCCCACAUUGGCACACAGACGGUGGGGAGGCGAGCGGUCCCCGGUGGCAUGAGUCGAGGGGUCAGCCAGUACAAGUACUCCAGCGGGGUCCGCAACGUGCAGCCAGUCAUCCCCCCGCCCCCACCCCCCGUCAACCAGCAGGUCCAGAGCCAGCCAGUGAUGGAGCCCGCGGUGCAUGUGAGGGGCCAGGAGCCUCUGACGGCCUCUAUGCUGGCCGCAGCCCCCCUCAUGGAGCAGAAGCAGCUGCUGGGUGAGCGCCUGUACCCGCUGAUCUACGCACUGCACUCCAGCCUGGCCGGCAAGAUCACAGGCAUGCUGCUGGAGAUUGACAACUCUGAACUGCUGCACAUGCUGGAGUCUCCGGAGUCCCUGCACGCCAAGGUCGACGAAGCUGUAGCUGUGCUCCAUGCACACCAGGCUAAAGAGAUGGCUUCCAAGUGAAGUGAGGACACCACUUGACACCAGGAAACUCAAAACGACAAGACCUUAUCGUCAAAGCAGAGAUGGGGGACACAAAAUGUUAAAAUCUUAAAGAAAAAUUGGAAAAGAAAAAUAUAGCAAAAAAAUUACCUUACCUAAAUUAUAUAUAUGUAAAAAAAUAUAUAAGAAAACAAGUUAAAAGACAUUAAUGUGGCUGUACACUUGCCAUCAUGUUGAUUCAGUUUGUUACUUGUUCUACUUUUGUUUAAAAAAAAAAUGAGGAAAAAAGUUAUUUGUUGAACUUGAAUAAAAUAUGGGCAUAUCAAAGUU